AUGUUUUUCUGUUUCGUCGCAGGACUCCCACUACUAUAUAUCAACAAUUUUUAUCUAAAGUUCAUCCAUCGCAAACUUGCACGAAAUUGGAAUCCAGUCGGAAAGGUAGUUGUAAUUACUGGUGCAUCAAGUGGAAUCGGUGAAUCUUUAGCUCACCAAUUUGCUCGCUGUGGUUGUAUAUUAGUCCUUUGCGCUCGCAGAGAGGCCUUACUUGCCGCGGUUAGCGAAGUUUGUAAAUCAUAUGGCGCCAAAGACGUUAUCACUGCUACAGUUGAUGUUACUAAAGAAUCAGAAAUCACUACUUUAAUACGAAAGAUUGAAAAUGAAUAUAAUCGAAUAGAUUGCUUAAUUCUCAAUGCUGGAAUUUCCAUGGGUGAAAGAUUAGAUGAAAUUAACGAUUUUGGUAUAAUCCGACAAAUGAUGGAAGUUAAUUACUUUGGAUCUACGAAUUUUGUAUACCAGGCCUUACCUUUGCUAAAACGUUCUCCAAAAUCAAGAAUUGUCGUAGUUUCCUCUGCUAGUGGAAUUGUGGGUGUACCAUUCAGAACUGGUUAUUGUGGUUCUAAAUUUGCACUCAGAGGAUUCUUUACUGCCUUGGCUUGUGAACUUUCUGAGUAUGAUAUUUAUGUUACUAUAGCCUACCCCGGCCCUGUGAAAACCAAAAUAAACGAUGCACGUCUUGGAACGAAUCCUCGCGAAUUAGAUAUUUCCAAUGGAAUAACUUCAGAAAAAUGCGCUCAAAUUAUAUACGAAGCAACACUAAAUGGUGACAAGGAUAUAAUGUUUGAAAAUCUUGGUAGAUUCGUUAGAUUAACGGAAGGUCCAUUUCCAUAUCUUGUCGGUUGGUUUGCCGAUCAAACACAAAAACGUCUUUGUGAAAAGAAAUAA